GGAAAGGUAAAGUAAAGUUUCUUUUGCUUUCCCUUUUGUGUGUGUGGUUCAUUCCCUUCAUCUCUCUCUCUCAGUCUUCCCCUUGUGCUAACGAACGCUCUUCUUCAUCACCUUAAUCGAUUUUAUCUCUCCGAGUAAGAAGAAUCCGAACGUGUUUUCAAUCUCAAGCUCCCUUAGCUCCCCCUCAACCUUUUUUGCUAGUCGGAAACAAUGGUUUGAUUUUGCGAGAGGGAGGAUGGUGAGGUUCUCAGGCUUUUUGGUUCAUCGCUUCUUGCUAUUUAUUAUCUGGCUAUCAAGCUUCCAAGAUGUAGCCGCUGCACAUUAUAAGACUAACGAGCAUACUAGCAAAUCCACUACCGCUGAGUUAGCAAACCCACCUGGCAUUGGAGUCUCCGGUCCCAUUCAAGUAUCCCCAUCAGUCAUCCCCAAAUACACAUCUCCUCCUCUCCCUUGGACACCACCAAUGUACCCUACUUUCCCUGACACAUACGAACCAAAGCUAACCGGAAAAUGCACCGCAGACUUUCAAGCAAUCUCAAGCAUUAUCAACACAGCAGCCUCAGAUUGCUCCCAACCGUUCGCCGCACUCGUUGGAAACGUGAUUUGCUGUCCACAGUUCGUUAGCUUACUACAUAUCUUCCAAGGACAGCAUGACGUGAAGUCAGAGAAGCUGGUUCUCCCUGACGCGGUUGCUGCAGAUUGUUUUUCAGAUAUCGUUAGCAUCCUCGUCAGCAAGAGAGCCAACAUGACAAUACCUGAACUCUGCUCUGUGACGUCCUCGAAUCUAACUGGAGGUUCUUGUCCGGUGCAAGACGUGGCAACGUUCGAGAAAGCUGUCAACAGUAGCAAGUUGCUGGAUGCUUGUCGCACUGUUGAUCCUCUUAAGGAGUGUUGCAGACCGGUUUGCCAAGGUGCGAUUAUGGAAGCUUCGCUUAUUAUCUCAGGACACCAAACAAAUGGUGAUAAGAUUCCUUUGGGAGGAUCAAACAGCGUCAACGCGCUUAACGACUGCAAAAAUGUGGUGUUUUCGUAUAUUGCAAGGAAGCUGGAAGCAGACAAAGCCAACACAGCGUUUAGAAUCUUAUCUUCCUGCAAAGUUAACAAAGCUUGCCCUUUGGAGUUUAAGGAGCCAACAGAAGUGAGCAAGGCUUGCCGUAAUGUGGCUGCUCCAAGCCCUUCUUGCUGUAGCUCGUUGAAUGCGUAUAUCUCAGGGAUACGGAACCAAAUGCUGAUAACAAACAAGCAGGCCAUAGUGUGUGCAACGGUCAUCGGUUCUAUGUUAAGGAAAGGUGGUGUCAUGACGAAUAUAUAUGAGCUUUGUGAUGUCGAUCUCAAAGACUUCAGUGUCCAAGCAUAUGGAAUGCAACAAGGAUGUCUACUCAGAAGCUAUCCAGCAGACUUGAUAUUUGACAACACGACAGGGUACAGUUUUACAUGUGAUUUGACGGAUAACAUAGCUGCGCCAUGGCCAUCUUCAUCCUCAAUGUCUUCCUUGUCGCUCUGUGCUCCUGAGAUGUCAUUACCUGCCUUGCCAACAUCUCAGACUCUUAGGAAUCACGGGUUUCGCGGUGGUGGUGCGUUUGGAGCGUUGCGUCUCAUUAUCAUUUUGGUGUUUAUGUUGUAUGGUGUUGUUAGACAUUAAGAAUGAGAUUUUUUUUUUUUUAAUUUGUUUUGGUAGGACACUGUGGGAUGGAUGGAUGGAUGGGGAAGGCUCAUAUUUGUAUUUUCUUCUUGUGUAUAUGUUUUUUGUUGGUAAACAACAGAGUGUAAUGUAGUAAUUAAUAUGUUCUCUCUCUCUC